AUGGCGAAGAGUAAAUUUGAAUACGUUAAGAGUUUUGAACUAGAAGAUAAAUGUCUACCAGGAUGUUGGAUUGUCGUUCGAAUUGAUGGGAAAUCAUUUCACAGGUUUUCUGAUGUCCACCAUUUUGUUAAACCGAAUGAUGAGCGAGCUCUGGGUUUGAUGUGUCGUGCUGCUCAGACAGUUUUAGAAGAUUUUAAAGAUAUUGUACUAGCUUAUGGACAAAGUGAUGAAUUUAGUUUUGUUUUUAAAAAAGAUACCUCAGUUUAUAACAGAAGAAAUAGUAAAAUAGUCAGCAAUGUUGUCAGUUUAUUUACCUCAGCUUUUGUCAUGUUUUGGCCGAGAUUUUUUAGUACCCAGGACCUUCAAUACCCUCCAUCUUUUGACAGUCGGAUAGUUCUAUAUCCUAAUGACCAGAUAUUACGAGAUUAUUUGUCCUGGAGACAAGCUGAUUGUCAUAUAAACAAUCUGUAUAAUACAGUGUUCUGGAAACUGGUUCAGGGUAAAGGUUUAACUCCUGCUCAGGCUCAACAAAGAUUAAAGGGAACAUUAUCUAGUGAUAAAAAUGAAAUUUUAUUUUCUGAGUUUGAUAUCAAUUAUAAUAAUUUAUCAGAUUUAUAUAGAAAGGGUUCUGUUUUAAUACGCAAUAAGGUAGGUUUAAUACUUACUUCCAGUGGGAACCAGACCAGAAGUAAAUCAGCUUUUUCCAAUAACCACCAUCUUCAAUCGUCACGAAUACUGACAUUACACUGUGAUAUUAUACGGGAAGAAUUUUGGCGAGAACAUCCAGAGAUAUUAAACCCUAAAAAGUCUUCAUGA